AUGAAUGAAGCCAUGAAUGAAGCCAUGAAUGAAGCCAUGAAUGAAGCCAUGAAUGAAGGCCGCGAUGAUGAAGCUGCCGUCUCACACGUUCUCUCGUCUGCCGCACUUGCAGAGACGGAGGAGCAGAAGAUCGAGCUGAUGGACAUGAUCGCCGGCUUCCAGGCGAACCGGCUCAACGACCAGCGCGCGAUCCUGCCCGACCUGCCCGGCCUGCAGCGCAACCAGGCGGUCAUCGGUCAGCUGCUCGCCAGCAGCAGCCAGCAGGGCGGCCCCGCCGCCGGCCUCGACGACAGCUUCCUAGAGAUGCUCAUGAAAUGUCAGGCGACGCGCAUCGAAGACCAGCGCAGCUCGCUGCCGAUCAGCGUGCACGACGGUGGCGCCCCCACCGUUCCCGACGAGGACUUCUUCAACCUCAUCCAGCGCAUACAGUCCGGCCGCAUCGACGACCAGCGAAGCCAGCUGCCGGAGAACAGCGCAAGAGCAGCAGCAGCAGCAGCAGCAGCAGCAGCAGGAGGAGGAGGAGCAGCAGCAGCAGAAGGAGGAGGAGGAGGAGGAGGAAGCGGUUUCUCUUCGGCCCGCUCGUCGUUCAAGUCGUCGUUCAAGGGCUCCAAGAAGGGCUCAAAGAAGGAGAAGAAGAAAUAGGGGCGCGCCCGCGCACGGCGCCGAUUUUUCACUCGAGAGAGUUUUGCUCCCCGGGGCCCCGCCGAGAACACUCGCCUUUUUUUUACGCCGCACGCUGUCGAGAUGCCCUCUUGUCAAGCAAGACGCUCGUCGCGCGGGACACGGCGCCACCUGCCGGAGGCCGUCACAGCACGUGUUAGUGUGUAAACUGUAGCGGAGCCAUCGCCGGCGUCGGUGGCGCCACCUAGGGCCGCGGGGGCGCGGCGGCGCGGCGGCCGAUGUUCGGAGUGAGCGUCGUUGUGAACGAGAUCAUGUUUUUGUUUACUUAAAUGUCGUUGAGCCGGCCACGCUUCCUGCUCAUCCCUCCCCCAGCCGUGUGCGCGUGUGCGUGUACGUGCGCCUGUGUGUGCGCGUGCGUGCGUGCGUGCGUGUAUGUGCGUGCGUGUAUGUG